GUUUCUAACGCAUUAUUCGUUAAAGCUUGUUUCUCAUACGAGAGGGAAAGACGAGAAACRAAUGCCGCAGACAGAUUGGACCUACAAACAUCGCAUGAUGUACUAUAGUACCUUUGUACUGAUUGACUUUAUGCUGAUUGRAUAUACUGCAGGUUCACCAGUAUUUAAUCAAGGUUAUGAAAACAGAGAUUCCAACAUGAAUUCUGGGCUAUCUGAUGAWAUUUCAGUAACAGACAGAAUUAUUGAAGUAAAUGAGAGAAGUGCUCAUAAACCGAUGUUUGAAGGAGACAUUGAACUSACUGAUCACGAUCACGUGGAUAUCCAUGAAUAUGGUGACGUCGAUGGUACCCUUGGAAACCACCCUAAAAGAAAUGCACAGAGGGCGCGACAAGGAUUAUGGAUAACAAAAAUCGUUCCUUUCGAAAUUCAUGCUGACCUGGAUAGUUACCGUGACAACAUUAAAGCCGCCAUAAACCAGUUUAACGUCCAUACAUGCGUACGAUGGGUACCUCGUAAKAAUCAUGACAACUGGGUCAUMUUUGUCAAGAAAGAUGGGUGUUAUUCAAGCGUUGGUCGUAAGUAUUGGAAAACUGGUCCUCAAGAUCUUAGRCUUGGUAAAGGAUGUAACAAUAAGGGUACAAUAAUGCAUGAAAUGUUACAUGCUAUUGGUUUCUGGCAUGAGCAAUCACGUCCUGAUAGGAACAAGCAUGUUGAAGUKUUAUGGGAAAACAUUAAAGCAGGAAAAGCGCACAAUUUUAACAAAUACAAACACGAAGCCGUUGAUGUCCUUAAUACCCAGUAUGACUAUGGAAGCAUAAUGCAUUAUGGGAAAUAUGGUUUUUCUAAGAAUGGUUACCCCACCCUACAAGCUAUUGGAGAUCCGAGUWUAAACUUGGGACAACGUGAUGGGUUUAGUCAGUCGGAUAUCAUCAAAGUGAAUGCACUCUAUGACUGUAAAUCUACAAUUCCUGGAUGGAGUUCCUGGACUGAAUACUCACCCUGUGAUGACAACUGCUAUAAGUUACGCCAGCGGUUUUGCACAGCAAUUGACAGGAAGAAAUUCUGCCCUGAUGCUGACCAGAAUGGAAUUAAGUCUGACUACYUUCAAUGUACACAYAAAGAAUGUUAUGUUCCAGUCGAUGGUCACUGGGGACGAUGGUCUUCCUGGUCAAACUGUAAUAAAUCGUGCGGAAGAGGACAAAAAAKUCGAACCAGGUCUUGUGACGACCCCCRGCCCAAACAUGGCGGAAAAGAUUGUCAUGGUAACAGCARCAGCUUUCAGUCUUGUAUGCUGGCCAGUUGUGGACUAGGACCUGACGAUUGUGAAUUUGAAAGAGAUACCUGCCAUUGGUUCCAGCCAACCUCCGAAAAACAGAACAAUUUCCGUUGGGCCCGAAAGUCUGGCGGGACUCCAAGCUCUAAUACCGGACCUACAGGGGACCACACGACUGGAUCCGGCUACUAUGUUUUUACCGAAGCAUCUCCCUCAGCACCAAACCAAAUAGCAAAUCUUGUGAGUAAAGAAUUCAAGCCAACAACUGGACGGUGUAUGACAUUGUUUUAUCACAUGUAUGGAGAAGGCAUGGGAACGCUGAACAUCCUCAUCAACAACACAAGAACAGCAGAAAUGAAAACAGUAUUUACUAUGACAGGAAAUCAGGGCAAGCAAUGGAAGGAAGGACGGAUGAAACUCACUUGCAACGAUUAUUACAGGGUUGCCAUUCAGGCUGUUCGUGGACCUGACUAUAGAAGCGAUGUCAGCAUUGAUGAUGUUAC